AUGGCGAGCAGCACAACGGUGAAGCCGCCAGGCUCUCCAGCGUCGACCCGUGGCUCACCAUUCAGUCGAAGAACUCGACGCGACUCUGUCAACUCCCUUUCCGCUAGCUCCUUGAUCGACAAGGAGCAAAUGUCAAAUACCCUCGACAAAAUACACAACUCAGCAAGCCAGUCCGGGGCUCUGACGACCUUCAACGACUUCGCGCCUCCGCCCCGAGCCUCGCCUGUCGCCGAAGGCAAGGCCUCAACCGGAGACCUUGUCCACCACGGCCUCAGUGGACUGUAUACUAGGUUUCGAGAGGCUGUAGGUGCUGUGAGCCCAACGAAGGCGUCGAACCGAGAUGACGAUACGACGAUAGAGACGACCUCGAAACGAACAUCGCUCUCAGGCAGUCACAUCUCCAAGAACUCCGUCUCAUCCUUGGGCAGAAGCGACAGUGCCGUCACCACCGUGCCAGACUCUUCACAAACUGUCCCAGCGACAGACUUGCCCUCGAGUAACGCCAGUGUCUCUGGAGAAAGUCGCACCCUUCAACAACCACUGUCAUCCAGAGGCAGUGUGGGGCUCACCACUGGGCUGAAGCCAGCUUCGUCAUCUGGGCGUCCAAGUCUCGGAAGUAAACCCAAGAGUUCUUCUAUCCUCGAACUCGCCACCGGUCCUGUUAUAAGCCAUAAAACUACCCAGAGAGAUGCCAGCCGGAGCACGGUUCGCACUGAAGACAGUGGUGGCCCAGAAUCCCGCCGAAGUAUUGGGCGAAGCGACACCCACCAUAGCCUUCCGACAUUAGAUAUACCCAACUACGACGCUACUGAGGGCAGGCUACCACCUAUUGCGAAUACAGACGACGCGUCUAGUUACGAUGGAAGCAUGGAAGGAGCGCCAACCUUGUCCCCUCGCCUACAAAUGACGUCUGCCCCCGGAAACCACAUUCGAACACCCUCUACAAGCUCCUCCAUGUUAAGCCCAGAUCAUUUGAGACGUAAGCCUGCCGUGAUUGACCGAAUCAGUCGCUCUAGGUCAACGAUGUAUUCUGUCUCCCGGGAGUCUUCUCUUGACCGCUCUGGAGCCCAGCACAGCCCUGUCGAACUGACAGCCGCCGAGGGCAACUAUCAUGAGGCCGUUUCCCAUCAUAGAGGACACGCGCGUUUUAUUUCCGGGGAUGCCCGCGAUCCUGGCUCAACAACUACCCACGAAGGCGCGUCUGACCACAUGAGCGCACAACUCGACAGGAUGGGGCGGCAUGUGCUGAGCAAAGAGUUUUGGAUGAAAGACGACACUUGCAAAGAGUGUUAUCUCUGCCAAGCACCCUUUUCUGCAUUCAGGAGAAAGCAUCACUGCAGGACUUGUGGCUGCAUAUUCGAUUCAAAAUGCACGAAGCUCGUGCCAGGAGACAAAUUUGGCGUGCAAGGCACCCUACGUGUUUGCAAGCGUUGUUUGGAAGCAAUGCAUCGCCGCCACGAAGGCAGUGCAUCAGAAGAAUCUGGUGAUGAGCAGUCAUUUAUGCCGAAAAUCUUUGGCCCUAGCCAAUUAAAGCCUGGCCAACGUUCACCAUCACAAUCAAGGCGGGAUGGAGAUCCAGCAGCAGCUGCGCCUGAGCCCUCGAGCGGACAUCGGCCCAGCGUCACUCCCAUGAUGGCCAUUCCCGCCACCCGUUGGAUGCACGAAUCAAACCGAAACUCUGCUGUGCUAGAGAUAGGAUUGCCGCAACUCAGCCGACCUGGAUCAUCCCGGUCGUUGAAAUCUCUCGCAAAUGUGCGACCACAAUCCUCAGCAGGCCAUAAGCGGCAUCAUUCAAAACAUGGGUUUCUUGGGCGCCUCAAAGGAGCCCCUGAAGAGCGGGCUCCGUUCAGGAAGGGCGUCGAUGAUGACACGCCUAAAAGGUCCAAAUUCCCGGCUUUCCACGACGACAACAUCAUAGACCCUGAGCUAGCAGACUUCAUGUCGGACGACUCUAGUGGAGACGAACAAGUCAGCAUUUUCGCGACCAUGAGUACAGCCGAUAUGCACUCUGCAGGCUUUGAGCAGGAAAAGUCGAACUUAUCCCCGUUUAUGAAUGCAGGCAGAAAACAUCGACACCGACCCGGAGAGAAGAGCAUCAGUGGCAUGAGCCACUACAGCCGCGGCGCCGCAGAUGACACAAGCGCUCCAACAAGUUCGGCUAUAUACAAAGCUCCGACCGGCUCAACAGAGGCUCUUAUCCCAACUGACAACAACGAUCAUCUUGCAAUGAGAGCUUCCCGUCGAGAUUCUGUACCAUUCAACAUCCCGUCAAAUACAGACCUGAACAACUCAAGCUUGAAGCAUAUCGACAAGCUCUUGCACCAACUGCUAGAAGAUGCAGAAGUUCCCGAACCUGAAGCUUGGAUACGGUCUCUCGUGCCAACAUUGCUGCAAUGCACCGACGACGUCUCACCGAAUGUUAUCAAAGGAGAGGAUAUGGAUAUCCGCCACUAUGUUAAGCUAAAGAAAAUUCCUGGUGGCAGACCACGAGACACCUCGUAUGUCUCGGGUGUUGUUUUUACGAAAAAUUUGGCCUUGAAAAGCAUGCCACGCAGAAUCGGAAACCCGCGCAUUUUGUUGGUCACUUUCCCUAUCGAAUAUCAACGUCACCAGCAGCACUUUAUGAGCUUGCAGCCGGUCAUUGAGGGUGAGAGGGAAUACCUACGCAUCGUGGUUCAAAGACUAGCAAAGCUUUCCCCAAAUCUUGUACUCGUCGAGAAGGGCGUGUCUGGGAUCGCAUUGCAGUAUUUUGCAGAGCUCAACAUUUCCGUCGCGUAUAACGUCAAGCAUACUGUCAUCGAAGCGGUAGCCCGCUGCGCAGAAGCAGAUAUCUUGAGCUCCCUCGAUCGGCUCGCUUUACCAGUCUCCACAGGGCGUUGUUCAAGCUUUGAGGUCAAGACUUUUGUCAACAACAACUUUGUGCGCGGCAAGAAGUCGUACAUAUUUGUCGGUGGCUGCCGUCCAGACCUGGGUUGUACGAUAUCUCUGAGAGGAGCUGACAGCGCCACGCUGUCAAAAAUCAAGUUUAUCGUAGAAUUCAUGUCAUAUGUUGUGUACAACCUUCGGCUGGAAUCUAGUCUUCUACGAGACGAGUCCAUUGAGCCCGACGAAGGGGACACCUCACUUUCCAAUUCUUACGUCAUGAACGAGAGCUUCAAGACCUCCAGCUCUGGAGAAGACGGGAAACAAAACCUUCGCAUAUCCUCCUCAACCGAUCAGGAACAACAGGCUCAAGCAACAGAGAAGGGUGACAUGGAUGGGGCAGUCGACGCUGGAGCGCCAACUGAGGAGCGACCAAAGCUUCCUUCGUUACAUGAUUCGCAUGACAGUGGAAUGGGGGACUCGCCGGUGCCAGAUGAUGUACCUAUGCCCACGUUCUACAGCGACAUGGUGGCUAAAUACGAGACCAAGAUUCUGUCGGCCUCCCCGUAUGUAAAGUUUACCCAACCCCAUGUCUUGAUGAGGGCGCGAGAACAAGAACGUCGACUUCUAUACCUCCGGCGCUUACGAGAUCAAACGGUCAUCGACGAACAAGACGAAACAAGCACUGGUCGUGCAAAGUUUCAGCUCAUCAAACCUGAGAUGAUCGAGAAGAUAGGCCAAAAGGCGCCGAAGCAGAUCCUGGAAAUUCUUCAUGCCAUGCAUGAUGCUGAAUAUGAUAAGGCGCUAUUCAACUACCAAACGGGAACCCGGCAAUGGGAAGCAUAUAUCCAAGGCAACCUGGAUCUGUUCGAUCCUUAUUCUCACCAAAAUAUUGUGGUUUUGUAUUCCGAAAUCUGCACCGAAACCAAGAUUCCAUGCACGGAGCCCAGUCUCGUGGCAAUUAACUUUUACGACGAACAGCACGUGGAUACGGGGAUGGACCGUGACUGCACACUCGGCCAAUACAUCCAAGACCUGGCAGAGACCAAGGAUGAAAUCUGUGGCUCAAACGGCUGCGACCGGAAGUUGAUUGAACAUCAUCGCACAUAUGUUCACGACCAAUAUCGAAUCACAGUCUUUGUGGAAGCUGCGCCACCAGGAGUGACUAGACAUCCAAGCCUCGGGGACGGUAUCACUAUGUGGACGUAUUGUAAGAUUUGCAAGAAAGACUCGGCGGAGGUUCCGAUGUCCGAUGCUACCUACAAGUACUCGUUCGGAAAGUAUCUUGAAUUGCUCUACUGGGGCCGCGGCCUUCGCAUUAAGCACGGCAUUGAUUGUCCUCACGAUCACUCACGAGACCACGUUCGUUACUUCGGCUUCGACGACGCUCGAGUUCUCAUUCAUUGGGACCCUAUUGACCUCUUGGAGAUUGUGGUUCCGAGAGCUAGAAUCACCUGGAAGGUUCAAAACGAUCUCAAAUUGAAGAACGAGAUCUUCGUUAGAAUGGAAGAGCGCUGGCGCAAGUUCAUGUCGUCUGUCAAGGCCAGACUCCAGAGCAUUCGUAUUGACAGUGUCUUGCCAGAAAAGGCUGAGCUUUGCAAAGCAGAAGUUGAGAUCCUCAUGAAGAAGAUGCAUGGAGAACUUCCAAUCAUGCUGCGGAAGUUGGAGGAUGUCUACGUCAACUCGAAGUAUUACGAAAUUGUUCCAUUCAACGGCCUCGUGCGCGAAAUGCUGGAAGUUGCGGGCGAGUGGGACCAGGCUUUUGCCAAGUUCGAGGCAGACUUCUUGGGCGACAAAGAUAUGCGGCAGCUGACAAUGAUGCAAUUGAAGAAGAUGUUUACCGACGAGUCGAAGGAGUCUUUGCCCAAUCCAGAAGAGACUAUGGUUUCGGCGACUGAUAGCGACAGUCGGCCGUCGCAGGGGUUUUCUGAGGUUGACGAGAAGAGCACGCAGCCGACAGAAUAUACUGACAUGGAUGGAAGCCUUCUACAUACCCCGGAUGGAAAAGACGUGAGCGAAGACAAUGAAAAGGCUGAGAUACCGGCAGAAGGCAACAGCGAGGUUGUCGAGGCACUCGAUUUGGCAAGCUCUGGGCCUCUUGCACCCGGUUCGGAUCAGCUGCCCGGGAUAGUGCACUUGGAAACUUCUCAAGCGGAAAGCGCUGAGUCGGUUGACUCGUCCAGCACGGUGCUGCCACCUGCCACGAAGGAUACUACACCGGCCGCUGUGGGCGAUGGCCAAUCGCUCACAGAAAAGGUGGACCGUAUGCGACGGGAACAGGCACAGAAGGCUGGCGAAGACGCAUUCAGCAGCAAACAAGACGAAAGUGGUGUACCACGCUCCUCACCUCCUAUCGUAAGGGCUAUAUCGCACCCACAGCGCAUUCCUAAAGCCACGACGGCGCUUGGAAACCCCUCAAACACUGCGGAUCACGUCGAGACUGCCGCAGAGCCGCAAGGCGAAGCAUCAAUCAAAGUUGAUAAGCGCUUAUCGGAAAGACUCGGCUUGUCGGCUCUGAAACAGCGUGGAAAAUCUGCUACAUCUGGUAUUCCUCGUCUGAUUACGAAGAAGAAGGAUAAGGAGUCUAAAGUUUCAACAUUGACGAGACACUUUGAGCAAAUCAGCCGAGAGUUCGAGAAGGAGCGCAUACGGGACAAAAAGAAACGAGCUGCUAGUCUCCGCUACCCCCGUGCGCUGCUCCCAAGAACCUCCACGAAGCUCACAAUCCAGGUCUACGACGAUUUCAAUGCAGCGGUCGAGGAACCUGCUCCGAUACCCGAAGCAGCUGGCGAGCGGAAACCCGAACAAAGCACUCGUCCGGUCCCGCCAACUGGACAUGCAGACAUUGUUCAGGAUGACCAAGUAACAGAGUCAACCCCCCCGACAGAUCCCGCACCAACGGCACCAGAUCAAAUUUCUGUUGCGGAGACGGAUGACACUGCAACAGGCAAAGACAACCAACAAGACUCGGAUGAUGAGGAGCGUGCAAGUGACACAGAACCUAGCGUGUCCGAUGAAUUUCUUCCAGAUAUCAAAGAGAUUGCUGAUUCUACCCAAGAGAUCCCACUGGAGCUUCCCAAACAUCAAAAGAAUACGCUGAUGAAAUACCUCACCAAGUUCUGGGCCGAACGAUCUGCAAGUGGUUGGUCCGCAUUGGACUACCCCAUCAAUCCAACCGAUCACAUUUUCGUUGACUCCAAUGUUAUUGUGCGCGAGGACGAACCGAGCUCUGUUAUUGCAUUGGCCCUUAAUAGCGAAGACUAUAAAACUAAGCUCGAAGUCAUCCGUCGCGAGGCACAGGAGAUGUCUCAGGAUGAGAUAUCCGAUGGCACCGCACAGCCAAAAUCAACGGCUGCGUCGGAGCACCUUGGACGCCAUUCGGAUGCCAGUGAUCUGGAAAAGAGUUUGUUGCGCAUCACUGGAACACAUUUGAAGUACCAGUUCAAGGAAGGCGCGGCUGUCAUGACGUGUAAGAUUUUCUAUGCGGAGCAGUUUGAUGCUUUGAGAAGGAAAUGUGGCGUUUCUGGGCGCAUUGUUGAGUCUCUUUCGCGUUGCAUGAAAUGGGAUUCACGGGGUGGAAAAACCAGGUCUGUUUUUUUGAAGACGCUAGAUGACAGAUUGGUAUUGAAGUCCCUGUCUCCCAUUGAGACAUCGGCUUUUUUGAACUUUGCCCCGGGCUAUUUUACAAUUAUGGCAGAAGCAUUGUUCCACGACCUACCGUCUGUUAUUGCCAAGAUGUUGGGGUUCUUCCAGGUCAUCAUCAAGAACCCAGUAACUGGCACCGAUGUGAAGCUUGAUCUCGUUUUGAUGGAAAAUUUGUUUUACGACAGAUCGCCUACCAGAAUUUUCGACUUGAAGGGCUCUAUGAGAAAUCGCAAGAUCCACUCUACCGGCGAACAAAACGAAGUUCUGUUAGACGAGAACAUGGUUGAGUAUAUCUACGAAUCUCCGCUGUUUGCCCGCGAGCAUUCGAAGAAACUGCUGCGGGCAUCUGUCUGGAAUGACACUCUGUUCCUUGCCCGGCAGGAUGUCAUGGACUACUCUCUCAUGAUUGCGGUCGAUGAGGCUAGAAAAGAGCUUGUGGUGGGCAUCAUCGACUGCAUCAGAACCUACACUUGGGAUAAGAAGCUUGAAAGUUGGAUCAAGGAUCGUGGGUUCGCUGGUGGUGGUCGCAAUCGCCCAACUGUCACCAGCCCGAAAGAGUAUAAAUCUCGCUUCCGAGAGGCGAUGGCAAGGUAUGAACAGCAAUACUCCCAUGGCGCAUACAGAGUCACUAACAUGACUUGCCAGAUAUAUUCUGCAGGCUCCAAAUUGCUGGCAUCUGUUCAAUAA